GCCGCGAGUUAGUACCGAUUUUACCGCGGUCAGGCUCGGUUGACUAGUACCAGUACCUAUAGCAGUCGGACGUCCAGUGGAGAGGUGGUCGAGUGCGCACUAGAGGGCUAGAGAGCCAAAGGUACAAAGCAGUGAUCCACUUUGAUCUGCCGGAGUCGCCGGAAUUGGUAAAUCAGUAGAAAGUGCGGAACGUGAAACUGAUGGUGUCGCCGUGUGAAGAAGCGUGCGAUUGCCGAAAAAAGAGCGCUGGGAAGAGACCGGGGUGUGAAUGAAACCAAAUUUGGCUGGUGCGGAAGUGUUUUAGGUAGUGUUGCAAUCACACGCCAGUUGGGUAUUGUGAGAUUGUUCUCAAAAGUGACGUGAUCGAUCGGCAAUUUCCGAAUGCGGGUGAUGAUGGAUUAGUGCAAGAGAGAACAGCUCGCCCAAGUGUAAAGAAGCAAAGAUCGCGGUGGUGUUGAUAAAGUUUGGAGGUGUUGAGAGAGCGAGCAUGCCCGCAUAAGUCACGACCAUUCGAUCCGAUCGUGGUGUUCUACUUUAACGUGCAUCCGCUCGUUGCAGAAUCGAUCAGCGAGCUGCCGCUGACCUAACUCAAUUGAUUGGGUGGUGAUUCGGAGAGUGGUGUGAGGCCGUGGUGUGGUGUUGGGAAAUUACUUCAGAACUGUGAUUCCAGCUUCAGGCGAGCUGGUGACCGGAUCUGCGGAGAACAUCGAAAAGAGGAGGUUGAAGAGAGGGCGCUGCUUUGGCGCUUAACAUCGAUUGGAGCCAAAAUCGGACACCAAGCUAGAACACCAUGGGGAGUUCUGGCUACACGUGCAUACGACGGACAUUCUGCUCAUUCAACGUUCUAAUAUGGCUCUGCGGUAGCUGUUUUCUGGCCAUCGGCGUGUGGUUACGAUUUGCCGCACCGGGCUAUGCCACACUUCUGCCGGACCAUGCUGCCCUCAGUGCCGACUGCCUGUUCAUGACCAUCGGUGUGAUUAGCUUCGUGAUAGCGUUUUUUGGAUGCUGCGGCUCGUGGUUCCAGUCCCGGUGCUUCCUGAUAAUAUAUUUUACAUUGGUGGUUUUGCUGUUCCUGAGCGAGUUUCUGCUGGGAUCUUUGGCGUUUGUGUUCCGUGGCGGAAUCGGCCGGAUGAUGGUUCACGAGCUAAAAUAUGGCAUCGAGAAGCACUAUAACGUUUCGGAUCGGGGUGGCAUUUUUGCUCCAUCGGUAGCCUCAAUUUGGGACAAAGUACAAGUUGAGUUGCAAUGCUGUGGAGUCAGUUCGUACGAAGACUGGUACGAUAUCAGUGCCUGGCCCGGUGAAAGAUGGGUCCCGAGAUCGUGUUGCCGACCGCGAUACAAUUCGCUAAUGAUGGAAGGAUCUGGUGACGAUCUGCAGAGCGUUGAUUGCCGGAAAGCUGGCGAUCCGUCUCUGUUUUGGGAUAAGAGCUGCGGUCAAAUUCUGCAAAUGUGGUUCGUCCAAAGGCUACAUGUCGUUGGGACGGUUGGUCUAGUCAUAGCAUUUUUACAGCUAUUUGGUCUGAUAUCGUCAAUGUUACUUUUCUGCACGGUGAAGCACAAACGUUCGUCAAAAACCUACAAAUCCUACUCGCCCUCGGUGGACACCACCCUUAAUCGGAACAGCACCGGAACCUACCUGGACGAUUGAUAUUGAAUCUAGUCUCGAUGACUAUAUUUGUACGUAUCGAGAUUCAAAAACAAAAAAUGCCAACUAAUUAGAAGUGCACAACCCGACGAAACAAUGCACCCUACGAUCACAACGAAGAUGAGCGAUGGAUUUGAUUAUACUCGUAUAUGUUACAAAUUACUACUAUUUUACACACUAUUGUAGGUUACGCCGAGAUGCUGAGAUGCCGAAAUCGAAUCCUUAGAUUAAGGAGAUGCUGUGCCAAAAAAACACGAAGAUAGUUGUUUGUAUUUUAAACAAAAGCCCGAGAUUAAGUUAGUAUUGUUAAUUUAUGGAACGCUAGGUCAAGCUUAGGGAGUUAUGGACGCAACGGAAGUAGAACAAACAAAUUGAUCAAAAAGAAAAUGUAUUUACAAAUGAAUCCAGUGAUCGGAAAUCUCUGACCUAGCCUUCGUUAGUUCUCGUUUAGAUUAUAAUACCUUAUGAUAGAAUUGAUUUUACCUAAUAGUACUAUUUAUAAAUAUAGUAUCCGACUCUCGAUGUCGAAGCAAGCAUUCCAAAGUAGCACAACCUGUAUUUACAUGGUAACUCUCAGAGAUAAGUAAAAUAAAUGAAACUUGUACUCGA